AUGAUGUCUGAGUAAAAUGUUGAAUCACUCAAAGGAUACAGAUAGAGAGAAAAAAAAAUGCCAUGUGGGAGGGGCAGAGCUUUAUAAAACCAGUCAUUGCCAUGUCUGAACUCUAACAACGCUCAGAAGACCGUUUCCUGUCAGGCAGAGAAGAACCAGAUUGAGACAAUGGAAGAACUUAAUGUGGCAAAUACAAUCUUUGCCCUCAAUUUCUUCAAGCAUCUUGCAAAUACAAGCGCCAACACCCAGAAUAUCUUCUUCUGUCCCUGGAGCAUCUCCUCCACCUUGGCCAUGGUCUACCUGGGCGCCCGGGGCAAUACUGCAGACCAGAUAGCCCAAGUGCUUCAGUUUAACCAAGUUGGAGUCCACAAAGGCACCCCAGUGACCCCACAGAGCCUCACCAGUUGUGAUUUCACGAAGCAGAUCCAGAGGGACACAUAUCCUGAUGCUAUUUUGCAGGCACAAGCUGCGGGGAAAAUCCAUUCAUCCUUCCGUUCUCUCAGCAAUGCCAUCAACGCGUCCACGGGGGAGUAUUUAUUGGAAAGUGCCAAUAAGCUGUUUGGAGAGAAGUCUGCAAGAUUCAAGGAAGAAUACAUGCAACUCUCCAAGAAAUAUUACUCUACAGAACCCCAGGAGGUGGACUUCCUAGAAUGUGCAGAAGACACCAGAAAAAAGAUUAAUUCCUGGGUCAAGACCCAAACUAAAGGCAAAAUCCCAAACUUGCUACCUGAAGGUUCUGUUGAUGUAGACACCAAGAUGGUCCUGGUGAAUGCUGUCUACUUCAAAGGAAAGUGGAAGACUCCAUUUCAGAAGAAAUUAAAGGGACUUUAUCCUUUCCAUGUGAACUCGACUCAGCGCAAAUCAGUAGAGAUGAUGUUCCUGAAUGAAAAGCUAAACAUUGGAUACAUAGCAGACCUGAAGGUCCAGAUUCUAGAACUGCCAUAUGCUGGCGAUGUCAGUAUGUUCCUGCUGCUGCCAGAUGGAAUUGCUGAAUCCUCUAUGGGCUUGGAGAUGCUGGAAAGUGAAAUCACCUAUGACAAACUCAACAAGUGGCUCAGCGAAGACACCAUGGCUGAGGAUGACGUGGUGGUGUACAUCCCCGAGUUCAAAUUAGAAGAGCGUUAUGAACUCAAGACCAUUCUCACAAGCAUGGGCAUGGGUGAUGCCUUCAGCCGGGGCCGAGCCAAUUUCUCAGGCAUGUCAGGAAAGAAUGACCUGUUUCUGUCUGAAGUGUUCCAUCAGGCUUCGGUGGAAGUGAACGAGGAGGGCACUGAGGCUGCUGCCGGCACUGGGGCCAUCAUGACAGGGAGAACAGGCCACGGAGGCCCGCAGUUCGUGGCAGACCAUCCUUUCCUCUUCCUUAUCAUGCACAAGAUAACCAAGAGCAUCCUCUUUUUGGGCAGAUUUGCCUCACCCUAAAUUGAAAGUUUCUAUUUCUGCACAGGAAUUUGUAAAAUGAGUGUAAGCCUCAGGAUUUCUGCAAGUGCCAAAACUUCUCUGCAUGUUUCUGUUUUUCUGAAAAACUUUUAUUGCACACUAACUAGAAACACAGACAUAGCGUGACAUCUGUGAAUCAUAACAUUACUCCCCUGUUAAUAAUUUGGCCUCCUAAAAUGGGAUGAUAUCUCAUUUAGUUCUUUCUUACUUUCAGUUUAUUUUAUAGCAUUAACUUUUACUGUAUUAUUUAUUAUUUUAUAUACUGUUUUUUUUAUUAUGGUCACUGUCUAGUAUAGUUGAUACAUUUACAGAAGCCAGUUAUCACUUAUUUUUCUUUCUAAGAAAAAAUAUGUAUUUGUGGGCUUCCGUGGUGACUCAGAGGAUGGAGAAUCCACCUGCAAUGCAGGAUACCCGAGUUUGAUCCCUGGGUCAGGUAGAUCCCCUGGAGAAGGAAAUGGCUACCCACUUCAGUGUUCUUGCCUGGAGAAUUCCAUUGACAGAGGAGCCUAGCAGGCUACAGUCCAUGGGGUUACAAUAAGUCAAACAUGACUUAGUGACUAAGCAUGCAUGCAUGCAUAUGUAUUUGUUCUUAUAAUGAAGGAUAAGUAAGUGGCCUUCCAUGACCUUUUGUAAUAGAAACCUAGAAGAAAGCAUUGAACAACAGGGAAAUACAUAUUGUGUGCAUUUCUAAACAAAUGUCUAGCAUUAUGUAUCACAUACAUGUGGCUGUAACUUAUGUAAGGUUGCAAAAUAUAGAAAAUAAACCUAUUUUCACAAACCA